UGAACUCAAAUCUGAGUGCAACCACAGAAGACAAUGCACUGUGGCCCUAGAAAUAGAAAGGAAAAUUUAUUUUCCUAAGUGUGAAGCUUUGCAGGCUCUACAUACAGCCUGUAGUGUAGCCCUGCAUCAUUAACAGGGGUGGGCGGGGGGUGGAGAGAAUGAAAGCAAAAGAGCACGCUGGCUGCCCCCUGGAUAACGGAAAGGUUCAGUGUAAAUAGAGAGUGGCUUGCAUAAUUCACUCUGACAUCUUACUACUAUGUUUUUCAACAUGGUAGCGGUUAGAUAUUCCUGAUAAUUUUUUUUUCCUUUUACUUUCAUAAUUUUCCUUUUGGCUUUCUUUUAUUUUGUAUUAUUUUUACUUUUAUUUAUUUUCUUCCUUCCCUCCAUCUCUCCUGCCUCCCUUCCUUUCCUUUCCUUUCUCCUUUCCUUUCCUUUCCUUUCCUUUCCUUUCCUUUCCUUUCCUUUCCUUUCCUUUCCUUUCUUUUCCUCUCCUUUCCUCUCUUCUUUUUCUUUCUCUUUUUCUUCCUCCUUCUUUUUUUUUUCUUUUGCUAGUGAAGGAGAAUUGGAUUGGUCAUUUUCAGAACAGGGAGCCUAAAUUGAUGCACAGAUCAGCAGCAUCCUUGUUGGAGUGGCCGUCACAUGAAUUCUUUGGAGAUCUCUGAAGAAAACAGAAAGAAACUGAAACGGUAGGUUCUAAUUAUUUAUGCAUCAUUAGCUCUCAUCUGCGUUUUUCCCUUAAUAUCUAAAAUUGGACUCUUCAUGCAAGAUCUGUACAACUUGUCAAGUCUAAGGACAUUUAUGGAUAUAAUGAACUUGGACCAUCCUUAAAUGUUAUUUUUUUGGUAUUUGCACAAACAAAAAUAAUUGUGUGGUGGGCUGCCAGAGGAGGGAGGCAACUUUAAACUUGAGAAAAUAUAAGUUUGACAUGGAGAGAUUUUUAGUAAUGUGAUUAGCUCAAUUGAUAUUGAGUAAAACAUUCCUAUGAACAUUUGUAAUUUAACCUGUUUUGUAUUAAGUAGAGUUGCUUACAUGAAGAUGCAAGAUAAUUUUUAUCUACUUGUUGCUAUUACACUUUGGGAGUGCUAUUUUUAUCUUCUGCAUAAUUAAACUGGUUAACUUUGUGUCCUUUUCAAAAUGAGCUAUUAUUUAAAAAAUGAGAGCUAUAAUAUUUCAGGACCUUAGCUAACAUAUAUACAUGUUCCUAUAAGAUUAUGUAAGUUACUUAUUUUCACUGUAAAAGUUAAUUGUUGCAAUUAAUGAUAGAUAUAAACAUUCUGUUUUUAAACACGUUUAGGAAAACUUGUUUAUAAUGAAAGAAAGGGAAAAUAAGAAACAUAACAGGCAUAGUUGGUCUGUUUUUCAUAGAUAAGCUCUAUCUAUAAUAGUAAGUAAUCAGCACAUUAAAAAAUCGACAAUGGUUAAAAUGAUUUUAAAUUUAAUUUGCAUUUCUUGAUACUCAAAAUUGACUUAUUUUGACAAAAUGUAAGUGCAAUUAUUUCCUUGUUUGCCUGUUGUUUCUUUUUUGUGCUCCAAGAGAAAAUGUUUAGGAUGGUACCUUUUGGCUUUAAACCAUAUAAUGACACUAUCAAUCAUGUGUAACUGCCAGGAGCUGCAUUCAAAGAAUAAAAGAAACAAAGUCAUGAAUUCCUGCUUGAGAGAGAGUUGGAAAUGAGGAGGGAUGUGGUACAAAAUGACCCAAUAUUAAAUCUCAAAUAACUUUCCUGCUCCCUCCUCUACUGUCAUCAGUAAUGUAUAUGGACUUUAUUUUAUACUGCUCUAAAUUUUCCAUAAAAGAAAAAGUUAUAGUUUUAUUCAAUAAGCAGAACUAUAUGCUUUAGAGAGCUUUGGGUCAUUCAGCAAAAAGUAUUUUAUUUUUCUUUUAGCUUCUGUACAUAUCAGGCAUAAAAACAAAAAAUCAUUGAACUUAUAGAGAGGAUUAAAGUUAUUCCACCCAGGGUAAGAUUAUACCAGUCACACUGGCAAACAUUUGGAUAUGCCAAGAAGUUUGUAUCCAAGGAGGAUAUACUUUUAGUUACAGAUCAUGUGCUUUGCACUUGUGAAUACAUGUACUGCUCUGCUUUGCUAUAUGUUUGUAAUAAUAUUUUUAUGAGACAGGAACCACCUAGUGUAUCUAUUUUGUUGGGGCCAGUUUAAUAUGAUGCUGAAUACUAUAAAGAUUAAUAAACACAAAGUGGGUAAUAAAUUGAUCCUAACAUCUCACUGAAUUUCACCUGGAGAGCCCUAGGAAUGAAUGCACUUCAUGAUCUCCCUUUGUGCUAGGUAACUGAAAUGAAGAGGACAAAAAAGCAUAUCUUCUGCAUUCUACCCAUAGAUACUUUUGGCACCAAUCAGCUACACAGAACUAGAAAGGGAAGUAAACUCCUUUUCCUGAUCUCUAUCCAAUCCUGAUAAAAGGGGAGCACAGAAAGUCCCCCUUCCACUGCCCUUGACAUUGAUCCCCCUAAAGUCUUCUUUCUAUGCCAUAGGUCUCAAGAAUCAGUCUCUGGAUCCCAAGUCUGAGAAUAAGAAAUUAUCAGAAACAGAUUCAACUCUUGUCACUUCAGAGCAAUGGCAAACAUCUGAGAUUUUUAUACUUUGGGAAAUAAAGUAGAUUCAUAGCAUACAUUGUGCAGUUGGAAAAAUUGAGACUCACAGAGGUGAAGUGACUGGGUCAAGUACCUCUGUGUGUGACAGAGACAAAGGUAGAAUCCAGGCUUUUUCAUACCUUGUCCAGUGCUCUGUUCAUUUCUCCUUGCUGACUAUCAAGAUUUGUGGAUUAAAAGACAUGCAUUAUUCAUUGGGAAACACUAAAAGAUUUCAUGUUGAGAGCAUUCAAGAAUCUCUCAAUACCAGGGCAUACUUCAGGCUUCUCCUAAGGGCCCUAAUAUUGUAACAGGCCUUGAGUUUCUGGGCUUUACCACUGUUUCCUUCCAAGAAUAGGAAAGAGUUUUUUCCACUGUGCUAACAAAAAAAAAUGCAAAUUGAUACUACAUGCUGUAAUACAAGAUUAACACAGACCAGGACAUAUAUUGGAUGCUUACGUGCUGUAUUGAAUGUCAGAGCAAUAUUAUGGCCAAUUUAUUAGACAAGAGAGAGUAUUUAGUAGGUCCUGAGGUCUAGAAGAUUCCAGAUUUGAGAAAGGAGUCAAGAUUUUAUGGUUUCUGUCUGAAAUAAACAGGCCUAUGCAGCCGGUUAACUAAGGUUAGAGUGUGAGGAAGAUAAAUAUGUACAGUAAGUGGUAGUAUGUGAAUCCUGAAAAGGAUACAGUAAUUAGUGGAUUGACUAUUACUGUUUGUCAUAUAACUAAGUGCUAUCUGAUAUUUGAAAAUUAAAGUGGGUUCUUCUGGUAUAGUCUUUGGAAGGUAAACAAAGAGUAUGCUCCAGAGGCAUCACUUUUCUUUGCAGCAACAACUGCAUUAACAGCAGCUAGGGAACAAGAUGCAGACAGAGUUCCUAACAAAUAAUCAGAUAUGCAAGAUGUUAGCCCAAAUCAAGUCUGUAUAGACUCUGAAAACUUGGUUAUGGGUCAAGAAGUUCACUAAAUUUAGUUAUAUAUAGUGAGGAAACUACAAUUUGAACCAUUACCGGGAUCAGUCAUGCAGAAGCAUGACUUGUGCCCACUGUGGGAGGCAGGGCUGCCAAUUCAGACUCAGUUGCAUCUUGGAUAGCAUAAUUUUAUGUCACUGGAAACCUAAAAUAAAUGCAAAUAUCUGUCACCAAGUCAAAAAAACCAUCAACUCCUAUCCUACUCCCUGACAUAUAUUUGCUUCUUCAAAAAGCUUUUGCAAAAUGUCACACUACUUAGAGAAGAAAAUAAGGUUUUCUCUACAUUCUUAGAAACACAUGAAAGACCUUAACAUUGUUAUUAUUACUUAGCUAAAUGUUUUUUCAGCUUUACUUGGCAGAUCAGAUUCAAGUAUUUCUUAUAAGCUAAUCACAUGUUACCAGAUAUUUUUUAUACAUUGAUGACUUUUUUUUGAGACAGGGCCUUACCCUGUUACCUAGACUGAAAUGCAGUGGGCAUGAAUAUAGCUCACUGCAAACUUGAUCUCCUCGGGCUCAGAUGACUCUCCUACCUCAGCCUCCCAAGGAGCUGGGACUGUAGUCACAUACCACCACACAAGGCUAAUUUUUGUACUUUUUUGUGGAGACAGGGUUUCUCCAUGUUGCCCAGGCUCGUCUGGAACUCCUGGCCUUAAGCAAUCUCCUGACCUUGGCCUCUCAAAGUGCUGGGACUACAGGCAUGAGCCCCUGAACUUGACCCCAAUGACAUAUUUCUGUAUGAUAAAAUGAUUCUUACAAUAUAAGCAUAGGAUAACAGUGAUGAAAUAAUUUACUGUUCAAAGUAUUUAAUCUUUUUUAGGUAAUACUGAUGACUUAUAAUUUACUUAUUUAAAACUAAAAGUGUGUUAUUUUUGGUAUGUACUCCAUUUGAAGUGUCAGACCAAAUGGUGUGCUGAAAAAUGAAUAACAUGUAGAAUAUAGACUGAUUUAUUAUUUCUCAUAUAUGUUUUUACAAUUAAAUACUAUCAGCAAAGUAUAUUAUGAGAAGAAAAACCCUACAGAGUCUAUUUUUUUAAAUUUACAUUUUAUUUUAAUCUGUAGUUUCCUGGCCCCUAGUAAUUUUGAUACAGAAAGACUUACUCAUUUAAUUUUCUAAAGACAUAUUGCUUUAACUUGUUCUCCCACAUCCUUAUGGCAAUAGCGUUCUGCUUCUGUAUUCUUUGGUCCAGUUUUGAUUGGGAUCUGUUUUUAUUUUUACCUUUUUUUCCCUUUAUUUUUACACCUUCUACUUAUAAAUGUACCUGUUGAUUGCUCUCUCUUCUAAAAAAGUUAGGGUUAAAACUAGGUAGUGCUAAUGUUGCAAUACUUCCUAUAACUAACUCAGUUUAACAAAGGAAAGUUCAGUAAUUUGGUCUAGCAUUAGUGUCUCUGAGGAAGAACUACUGACUGUAGAAAAGAGUUUUGUAUCCAAAAAAGUCACAGUGCAUUUCAAGGAAUCUGGUACGGUAAUGCCUUUCUCUCUGAAAUGCUAUGAUUUCUAAAAGCUUAUUUGGGUUAAAAAGAAAAUUCUACCUAGCUGAAGCAGACUAUGAAUAAAGCACACUAGACUGUAAAGUGGCUGGUCUAAAUAAUCCAUUUGGAUUAUUUAGGGAAGGCAGAUUUGGGGCCCAAGUUAUUCUGAGUAAGUGAUCAUAUAUUGGAUUUAGGGAUACCCAGUUUGUCUCUGACAUCUUGCUGAAAGGCUCUUUUGACCAUGGAGAAUAGAUUAAACCUCCUUCAGUUUUUUUGGCAUGAAAUUUGGUUAAGCAAACACUCUGAGUACAUUCUGCAAUUUGCAGAGAGAAAAGGGCUGCUUUUCAGAAGACUGUAACCUGGAUUAUAUUUGAUGUAUAAUUAUUUGUUAAUGACUGCUUUAGUUCUAAGUUACAGUUUUAAGAAUUUUACAUUAUGAAAUAUUAUCUUUGUGUCUGUUUGUGUCUCUUCCAGGGGAAAAAUUACUCAGAAAAUUUAAAACUAGCUGACCUCUGGGAAUAAUUACAUUUGAAAACCUCUGUGACAUAGUCCAAUAGAGAAAAAAUAUUAAAGUUAAUCACCCCAGGUUAUAAGUUAUUCCUUGACUGGGACUUGGGCCAAACAUGAAUGGCCAGAGUAAAACAACAGGCUAAAUCAAUAUCUGAAGAAUAUGGGCAUGAUGGUUAAUCAUGCUGGCCCCUCCUUAAAUGCUAUGAAACCUCUGCAUGUGGGCUACUUGAAUACAAUACAUCCAGAUGCAGUCUUCUACCCGUAAUUUUCAUUUAGUGAUGCACCUGGAUACUGAUUGGAAAAAUUUUGGACACACAAUAGAAAUGAAAAUUGAUAGUAAAUCACCCUAAUAUAUUCCCCUCUAAAGACUGUAUGAUGUUGCUUUGAAAAUUUUAAAUUUAACCUAUUUAACAUUUGCAUGCAUUAACCGACUUGUCAUAUUGAGUAAAAUAACAUGAAAUACUUCUAAGAAGUGGUGAUCAGUUCUUUAUAUUUUUCUGCAAAAUUUCAGCACAUUAGUUGAAAAGAUAGAAUUGAUUUGGUUUCAUAUGUAAAAAUUUGUUUUCAAAAUAAAGAUUUAAUUUCAUAUAACCUUUUCUUGGGUGACAAAUGAUUUUUAGAUUGUAAUAAUUUAUUUUAGAAUGAAAAUUAGGUUUGGUUUGCUCAGUCUCACUCAUAAGCAUACUGAUUUUAUUUUCUUCAUGGGUAAUACUGAGCCUUUGGCUUUGUUCUAUUCCCACAUCACUGGGAGUUCAGUCUAGUUUCUUUGGCAAAGGAAAAAUAAUAGUUUUCUAAUAUGAUUUUGGAUUUUGGACUUACUUUUAGUUCUCAGAGCCUUCUCACAGCUCCAUACAUGAGUUGCAAAGCAGGUCCAAAGUCACACCAUGAACUAAGGGUCAACAUCAGAUUCAGACCAUCUUGAUAUGUUAAUUAUCUCCCUGUGGAGCUUAUAUUCUAUUCUAAAUCAAGUAUAUUUGUAGUAAUAACUCUAGAAAAAGCUAUAAAACAUCUAAGCAGCUACUCAGGAUCUAAGACUUAGCAGGUUUUUCGAACUUAUCUACCAUUUGCUCUUUUAUAUUUAGUGUUCUAUCAUCAAAAAUAAUACAUAUUUUUAAAUUGUAUGCUUAAAAUAUACUAAGGAUGGGGCAAGAUGCCUUACAUCAUUUUGACAACAAUAAAUGUACAUUAUUUAUUUAUUUAAGCAAUAAAUAAGUGUAGAUUUAUUUUCUCCAUUUUACAGAUUGAGAAACUAAUGUUCAAGAAAUUACAUAACUUUCCCAAUGAUAUACAACUGUUUUUUCAACACCACUUUUUGUAUGAUCAACACACAAAAAGAUGGGUAUAUUUAAUAUAUAUAACUUAGCAAGUAUGGAGAUAAAUAUAUACCUGGGAAACCACCACCACAAUCUAUGAAAUAAACAUAUCUUUCUUGGUUGAAUUUUAAACCCAGUUCUGUUGAUUGUGAAAGCUCUUUCCAUAUAUUAUGCUGUCUCUAUAAGAUAAAGCUAUAAUUCACUAUCUUGUCCCUUUCCACUUGAGAAUAGAGUUGGUAAUAGAAGAAAUCAAGAUGUAACUCAUUUCAAAACAGAAUGUCCUUUAAUUGGAUUUAGGCUAGGUGGACAAGGAUAAGGAAGUGCGGAAUAGGGAAUAAAAUGAAUAAAACAGAAUUGUAAAAAGCAAAAAUUAAAUGCUUUAGUUAUCAUCAACCAGUCUUUAUGAUGUGUUUACUAUUUUUACAAAAUAUAACCUCUGCCCUCUUAGAGCUUAUUUACUUGAGGAGAAUAAACUAGCACAUAUUAAAUCUGAUUAUACAAAAGAGAUUUAGGAAGAAGGUAUGUUACUUCAAGGAACUUUUUGCCUUGAACAGUCACCAUCCAUCUACACUUAAGCUGACAUAACGUAAAAAGAAAAUCAUAUUAGAACUUUUGCUUUCUUAUACAUAAUCUAAUCUAUGACAUGCUAAGGUUUAAGAGCAAAGGUUCUGAACUCCAGAUAUAAGGCUCUGAGAGAUUAGAACAAAAUGUGUGGUUUUAAAUGUAAGUUAAAAUCAACAAAAGGAAAGGGCUCAGAAAAUUUUACACAGAGGCUCUCCUAAACAGGUCUGGAGCAUAGAUUAAUUUAUGUGUUAACUUUUUUGCUGGCUUCCUAGUGCAUUCUAUAUUGGCUAUAAGGCAUUAGAAUUUGGGGGAAACAUGGGACCCUUCAUGCACAAAAUCAAGUUUACACAUCAACCAUCAGAAAAGAGGAUAGAGCUAUUUUUAUAUUUGUGAGUAAGCUUUUUCCUUAUGAUCAAGGACUUGGAGUUAUAGGAUGUCUGUUCUUGGUUCAGAGAAUACUCUAUGCCUACAUUACAGAGAGAAUUAACUGGAAUCUAAUCACAUACUUAAGUUUAGGAGCUCAGUGUGGUAACCAUCUGAUCCAGUCAGUUAUCGAAUCUUGAGUUAAAAGAACAAAAACACAAUAACAGAAUCUUAGGCCAGCCUGUCUGCUGAUAAUGCUAAUUUUUUUCCCACCACAUUCUCCUGCUCUCUACAGACUCACCUCCUCUGUCUGUGCUCCCUAUCCAAGAGGAAAUAGAGGAAGAAUCUUGGGACACCAAUUCUUAAACUCUGUUCUAAAUUAUGCUUUCAGCAGGCACUAAUCACAAGCUUGAAGUCAUGCUACUUUGGGACUGACUAGACACAUAAACCUGAACAAGAUACUAAGCUCUUUCAUUUUUCAGUUUCUCUAUCUCUGAAAAUGGUAUAAUUGAGGACACUUCUCUCAUAAGGGUAUGGAUUACCAUGCAGAUAUUGAACAGGCAUGAAUGAAUUAAUCAAGCCAGAUUCUCCACUGCUUCCUCUGGAGACCCUAUUGCUCUGAUUAAGAAGUUUCAACAGCACUGAAGAAAACAGCAGGUCUGCCUUUGUUUCCUACUUUUUAGCUUUUGACAUAUAGCUGAAAAAGUCCCAGAAAGCUGAUCUGUCAUCGCUGAAGAGUGACGGACUCAUUGUGCACUAAAGCAAACAUUUCUUCUGUGUGAGCCAAAAAAAGAAAAACGGCCAGCCAGACACCAGUAAAGAGAAGGCUAUCAACAUAUAGGCAUUUGAGGAACUGCUAUAUGACACAUUCUUGAUCCAAAUGGGAGAGAAUCAGCUCUCAUGAUGUCCCAGGGAACCUUAUAAUAAACAAGAGGGGAAAUUGUAGCAGCUUGUCAUCUGUGCUUGUACACUAGACUUCCAUAUAGUUACUAUAGACAAAUCCAAAGCAAAUAUGCAGACAGUUCUUUGAAAAAUCCCCAAAUCAUAUGUAAAGACUCAGACAGAUGUGGUAAAAGGAGGAGGGUUAUUUUAUACUUGGUAUCUUCAACCCUCUGGCAAUCAAUCUUUUAGAAGGAGCAGCAGUUGAUUGUGAAUUUAGAUUUUGAACCACAAUUAGGCAAAGAUAGUUUCUCUAGAGAGAAUCAUGCCUGCUAAUUACACGUGUACCGGGCCAGAUGGAGAUAAUACAGAUUUUCGGUACUUUAUUUAUGCAGUGACAUACACUGUCAUUCUUGUGCCAGGUCUUAUAGGGAAUAUAUUGGCCUUGUGGGUAUUCUAUGGUUAUAUGAAAGAAACCAAACGAGCUGUGAUAUUUAUGAUAAACUUAGCCAUUGCUGACUUACUACAAGUUCUUUCCUUGCCACUGAGGAUCUUUUACUACUUGAAUCAUGACUGGCCAUUUGGGCCUGGUCUCUGCAUGUUCUGUUUCUACCUGAAGUAUGUCAACAUGUAUGCAAGCAUCUACUUCUUGGUCUGCAUCAGUGUGCGACGAUUUUGGUUUCUCAUGUAUCCGUUUCGCUUCCAUGACUGCAAACAGAAAUAUGACCUGUACAUCAGCAUUGCUGGCUGGCUGAUCAUCUGCCUUGCCUGUAUACUCUUCCCCCUCCUCAGAACCAGUGAUGAUACCCCUGGCAAUAGGACCAAAUGCUUUGUGGAUCUUCCUACCAGAAAUGUCAACCUAGCCCAGUCCAUUGCUAUGAUGACCAUUGGUGAGCUGAUCGGAUUUAUAACUCCGCUUCUGAUUGUCCUAUAUUGUACCUGGAAGACGGUUUUAUCACUGCAAGAUAAAUAUCCCAUGGCCCAAGAUCUUGGAGAGAAACAGAAAGCCUUGAAGAUGAUUCUAACCUGUGCAGGGGUAUUCUUAAUUUGCUUUGCACCUUAUCAUUUUAGUUUUCCUUUAGAUUUCCUGGUGAAGUCCAAUGAAAUUAAAAGCUGCCUAGCUAGAAGGGUGAUUCUAAUAUUUCAUUCUGUGGCAUUGUGUCUUGCUAGUCUGAAUUCCUGUCUUGACCCAGUCAUAUACUACUUUUCCACUAAUGAGUUCCGAAGACGGCUUUCAAGACAAGAUUUGCAUGACAGUAUCCAACUCCAUGCAAAAUCCUUUGUGAGUAACCAUACAACUUCUACUGUGACAACUGAAUUAUGCUAAAAAAAGAAAGAAAAAACAAACUGAAUGUGACCUGAAAUGCAAGUACAUCAGAACAUAUCUGCAAUACCCAAGCCACAGGGAAGAACUCACACACGAAAAAAAAAAACACAGCUUUUCAGUUCUGCUCUAUCUUACUGCUAUGGGGAAUUCAUGUCUUCAAAGCAGGACCUAUCUGGAAUAUUAUGAUCCACCACUAUUGAUGUUGACAUGUUCAUGUAGUAAUUUUUCAUCAAGUCUGUAAAUCUUAAAAUAUCAAAUUUCUGUGACAUCCUAUACACAUAUGCUCUCAAUUAUCGUCAGUAGUUCUACCUAUAAACCUCAGACACAAAAAAAACUAUUAGCUUGGAGCUACCAUAAGCAUUUAGUUUUGUUUCAACAGAUACUGAGUCUUUAUAUGCAGAGGAAAUGUAGGUUUUUUUUAUAUUAAUAAUCACAGUAUACAUGCCAUUUUAAUAUGUUUGGUUAUAUUUUAGUAGGACAGAUGAUAUAUUACCCUGUUUAAAGAAAAUGUUAUAAACAUAACAUUUUUAUCUCUUAAGUGUGAUUACACUUCAAAGUUUGAAGACUAAAAUAGCUAUUUUCUUCAUUUUUGUGUCAACAUGAAAUAUCAUUUGUCACACCUGUUCAUAGAAUGAAAAUCCAAACUCAGGCCUCUGUUAUAUUUAAACUAAGAACAAUACACAUAUUUCCAUACCAUAACCCUCUGUGUCUGUAAAAGAUGCCAUGUUGCAUCCACCUAGGGCAGGUAGUUUGUCAAAGUCCAUUCAAAGUGACUCAAAUGGCCUCUAGACCUUGGAGAAAGCAAAAAGCAGAAAGGUGACAAUCGCUGUUCCAGCUCCCUUAUAAUUUUUCUAAAGAACACUUCUGUAGAUAUAUGGACCUGCCUAGUAGAGGAAGUUUUUAUCAUGCUUCUAGAGUGACAUUCAGCUAAUGUUGACAGGUUCCUGCACUUUCUGAGCCUAUGGAAGAAGUAGUGCACUAAUAAAUCACUAAACUUAGGCCAGAGUGAAAAGAUGAAGCGAAGUUGAGUAAUCCUUUUAAAAUUCUCAUCACGUUGUAUCUCUUACUCUAAGGUAAGCACACUUAGCUUAGACUGCCAAGUCAUCUACACAAGCCAGAGUAAGUCUCUGUGACUCAUCAUCACAUACAUAUUACAGUCAGUCACAUGGACCUUAAAAUCCAUGUUGAUUGCUUUGGUCUAGCUUUGUCCCAGCCAUACCAUUCUAAAGCCUCCAAAUCCUAUCCCUUAGCAGCUGGGAAAGGCAAUUAUUUUACCGUAUGAAAAAUGUAUAGAAGAUUAAUUUGGUCAGCCUUGGGCAACCAAUGACCAAUGACUUGCCUGCUUCCUGUUUGGUACUACUGUGUGGGAAACAGACCCAGGAUAUUAGUCAUAAUUAAAUCUUAGGUUGUAAGUAUUAGAAUACUUUGAAACAUGUUUUAGCAAAAAGCUCUAACGUUAAGAAAGUUCUACUUAAAAUUUGUGUGCUAUAUAAUGAAGAUACCUUCUAUGUCUCAUAGAAGGAAUGUGGAACCCAAUCAAAGACUUUAUCAUAUUUAGAGAAAAGGGGUUGUUUUAGGCAUACAGUUAUGAUACUAAUACAUUAGGGGGAACACUGGUGACAUAAACAUGAAUUCUAACAUGUAAGACUGUUGGAAAGUUUUCUAAAGUUUUCUUUGGACAAGUGUUGAUUUUACACAUACGUUGUUAUUAAGAUAAUGCCCUAUUAGAAAACUGACUUUGUGCUGCUAGCAAUAGUGUAUCUAUGUGUCUCCUAAUUAUUCAUUGUAAGGUAUAUGUUUUGAUGUGUUAAGUAUGUUUUCAAUAAGUGUUAAAUUGUAUUUUUAAAAGGGUUACUAUAACUGUGUCUUGUCUCUUUGCUUUAAAGUGUCUUUUGUUUGACUAUAAUUUAAUGUGGUAAUGGGAUUGCAAGUAAUAGUUUUGUGGAAUUUUGAAAUAACUGUGGGUACUUGUAAUGUGAGAGUCUUAUCUAUACUAUGUGUACUUACUAUUUUCUAGAUUAGCAUGAAUUACACUUCUUAAGGUCACUUUGGAAGAUGAUUUGAUUUUAUUAACAUUGAUUUCACUUUGACUACCUUUUUUUUUUAAAGAAGAAGGGAAAUCUUUUCAGGAGACAAUUGACCUUCUUAAAUGAAUGGUUGAGGGUAGGGCCCAUUUGUUAGGCAGCCCAAUUACAUCAUUCCAAAAAAGGACAAUUUUAAGUGUUCUUAUGCUGCUUAGAUAAGGACACACUUUUUCCCCAGGCCUGCCCAUCUAAGUUUGCAUUCAGUGCUCUGAUUUACUUUAUUCACCCCUACCCCAUGGAUAAGUUUUGUCUUCUGCUUUAUUCCCUUGCUCUCCCAGACAGCAACCUGAUCAAUUCAUUCACGCCAUGGUGCUAAUAGCUAAUGUUAGGUUAAUUAUUAAUUUACCCAGGAAUAUCUGAAUUCCAGGCCUUAAGACUAGGCAUUAAACCAAAGUGGUGACUUUCAAAGGAGGGCUAAUACAUAUUGAAGCAGACAGACUGGAGGGAAAGAUAUUUUGAAGAAAGUGGGUCCUACAACAUUGCCUUUCAUAUUGCAUAUAGUAAGCGGACACCUACUUUGCUUACCAUAAUGGAGAUGCUAACUUUUAAGAAAUUAAGAAAUGUAUCCAUGAACAUGGCUGUCAGUUUCUCAGAUGUCUGCUCGUCUUCUUUUCAUUUUGCCUCUCUCCUUUCCUACUUUGGGCCCGAUUCUCAGCGGAAGUCUAAACUAGUAGCUUCCUAAUUUAGGAGUACUGCUGCAGCUGCUAUCCAGACAGCAGCCUCCUCUCUGAGCUUCUCCAUUCUAUAGAGAAUCUUUUCUCCAGACUUCUCAUUUAUCACUCUCUGGGUUCCAUGAAAUUGUGGUGCAAAAAGUAAACACCUUCAACCAUACUAAUGUAUACUUCAAGAUAAAUAAUGCCACAUUUCCUAUAUAUAAAGUUGUUGAAUUUUGAUUCCCAAAUCCAUACAUAAUUAUUCCAAUAAGAAAAACUUUGAAGUUGUAGUGAUUUCUAUGUGAUAAUACUGUCAUUAUUAUUGUUGUUAAUAUUAUUAUGUUCAAAUGGUUUAUAUGUUUUCAUUGUCACUCAGUUAAUCAGCCAAUUCUAUUAACUGGUAAUUCCACAAAGAGACGUCAUCUGCCCCAGGAGCAACAGACCAAGCCGCCUUGGUCUGAGAGGGUGCAUCUGUGGAACUCUUGCGCAACUUACAUUUUAUGUCACCUUUUGGUUUUACUCCCAAGAUAAUGUGAAAAUGUCGCACUUGGAAUUUAUUUAUGGCCAUAACUUAUAAUAUUCAUUUUAAUAAUAAAGAUUGUCUUUGUAAUUACAUAGAAA